GCAGGGGUCUUUUAAAGAUUCUCAUUCAUUCACCCAGUAAUAUAAUAGUUCAAAUCCCAAAUGGGAAAAAGAUUGCGUUUAGUGAGGACCGAGCUGAAGCCACACCCUCACGAGCCGCAGCGCGUCCGAGGUGUCCUUGGAAACACCAAGUGCCUCCCGCGCGCUGCAGCCGGCCAGGGCUUCAACUAAAUGCACAGAGCCGAUGAAAGAGUGAUGGAGGCUGAGGUUCGAGAUCACCAUGAAUGACAAAUACCACAAGGCAGCCCGGGAUGGCUACCUUGACUUGUUGAAAGAAGCAACGCGGAAGGACCUGAACGCUCCGGAUGAAGAUGGCAUGACGCCGACCCUAUGGGCCGCUUACCACGGCAACCUGGAGGCGCUGCGGCUGAUCGUAGGGAGAGGGGGGAACCCAGAUAAGUGUGACAUUUGGGGGAACACCCCGCUCCACUUGGCUGCCUCCAAUGGCCACCUCAACUGCCUGUCCUUCCUGGUGUCAUUUGGUGCCAACGUGUGGUGCCUGGACAACGACUACCACACGCCGCUGGACAUGGCUGCUACCAAGAACCACAUGGAUUGCGUGCGUUAUCUGGACUCCAUUGCUGCCAAGCAGACAACCCUCAACCCCAAGCUAGUAAGCAAACUGAAGGACCGGGCUUUCCGUGAAGCUGAACGCCGCAUCAAGGAAUGCAUUAAAAUGCAGCAGAAGCACCGACGCCGAAUGGAGCGUAAAUUUCAGCGAGAGACAACGGACGCAUCAGUCUCUGAUGCCAUGAGCUUCUCCAGCUACGCCAGCAGUACCUUGAGUCGCAAGCUACACCACUUCAACACUGCCACUAGUGUGCCAUACUCCCAGGCUACUCUCCACGCCACAACCAGGGGCAAAACUAAGAUCCAGAAGAAGCUUGAGAAGAAAAAGCAGGGUGACGGGACAUUUAAGAUUUACGAAGAUGGCAGGAAGAGUGUCCGCUCUUUAUCUGGCCUUCAACUAGGCAACGACGUCAUGUUCCUGAAGCAGGGAACAUACGUCAACCCUAAGGACCGAUCUCGUCGUAACAUACGUGACAUGUUCCCUGGUGACAACGAGGAUGCCGUCUCCCGUGCCAUCAGCGAACCUGACUUGCAUGGUCAUGAUGUGGACUACUCGGAGAUUAGCACUGACUCGGGCCAUGACUCGCUCUUCAACCGUCCCGGCCUGGGCACCAUGGUUUUCCGCCGCAACUACAUUAGCAGUGGACUUUUUGGCAUUGGGAGGAGAGAUGAAGGGAGUCUAGCAGGCAGCGAACGGGUCGAUAAUGUACGCCUCCGCAGCCGGAUGCAUCGCAUGCCCAGUCUGGAUGACGAUAGCAUCGGAAGUGCCCAUAGCCUGCAGGAGAGGAACAUGCAGGAGCUGCCAUGGGAAGAGGUGGAGUUGGGGCUUGAUGAUGAUGAUGAGCCUGACAAUAGCCCUCUGGAAGUGUUUCUAGCCACACAGAGCAUGAACGAGUUCAUUCCUAUCUUCAAAAGAGAAAAGAUUGACCUGGAUGCCCUUUUGCUGUGCUCAGAUGAUGACCUCAAGAGCAUACACAUCCCCUUGGGUCCUCGCAAGAAGAUCAUAGACUCCUGUCAGCGCCGAUUGGAGACCAUUGAGGACCCAGGCUGCAUAGAAGACACUGAGUUGUGAAGUUCUGCCCUUAAUCCAAUUUUUUAAAGCAGGUUUGGCAUGUUUUGAAGCAUGGCAGCUGGUUAUGAGAUGGUUAUGAGAGGAGCUAGGUGCUUAGGACCAGCAUAUGACCAGCUUAAACUAGCUGUCAUGCUUCAAAACAUACCUAAUAAACAUGUGCUGUUUUUUCAACAGUGAAGUCGUUUUUUACCUCAGCGAAUGUUUAAACAAACCAAGAGUUUACAGAAUAAUUCUUCCAUUUUUCUUUAAAGAUUAUCAACAUUUGCACCAGCCCAAUGCACCAGAUACGCUAAAGAAAGAGAAGUCUAAAUCAGUCCAGCUCCCGAAGAGCCAGUUUAGCUCUGGAAGUGUCUACUGAUCCUAGAGACCUCAAUCAGCUGGUUCAGGUGUGUUUAAUUGGGAAAGUCAAUUGAAUGAAAACAAUAUGUGAUAUGAAGAGAAAGUAUCUUGGACCAAUGUUGAAAGAGCUGAAAUAUGACCUCUUUAGCAGCUGGCUACAUUAACUCUUUAACUGUCACAAACAACGCAGUAUGCAUAAAAAUGGUAAUUCAGUUCAAAUAUAAUGGUUAUCUCGUGUCAUGUGGCAAAUGAAGAGAGUGAAAAUGAGGUCACAUCUCAUUACACACGCUCUUAAUCUCAUAAUAUUCCAGCCCCCAUGGGGCAUAUAUCUCAGUGCCUGUGCUUUGUGUGCCUGCACAUUUCUAGACAAAAUGUCAAUUUAAGACAUAACUUGUGUAUAGAAGUUGACAAAUGUUUUCUUAAUUCCUUUUUUAGACAGCAAAAUUCAUUAUGUGGUUCACAUGGUGGUACACAUUGUCUAGUUGCUAUUCUUGUUAAUAAACAGAUUUGGUUAGUUGUUGGAGAGCUGAAUUGUGAGCUGUAAAUGGUUAAAUGUUCAGUAAAUGGAUUAACAGAA